CUUUUUUCUUUUCUCCCUCCCCACCACUCAAUUUUUAACUCCUUCCUUCAGCAGCAUACUCACAAAUGGAACAGACAGACAGCCCGCGCAAAGAGCCGCGCUCGCGAAGACGUGGCCAGCACCAGCAUCAAAACAGGAACCACGGGGAGCAGUCGCCCCGGCACCCACCGAGCACCAGCAGUCGCAGCAAUGCCACCCCGCCUGAAGAGGAGAAGGAUUCGAAUUUGCCAUCCGGCUCAUCAUCUGUCAAUUCGAGGCAGCACGAGGCGAGGCGCGACAUCAGCCGCCUGCUGGCCAACGCUGGUGCGUCCACCGCUACCUACGCGAACAAAGCAACUAUCCGAUACACCAUUGAGCAGCUGCUUGUUCUCAAGGAGAGCCCGCUUGUCAAGCCGCCAACCGACUUCUCACCGUUCACACCACCACCCAGGCCAGACCGGCAGGCAAAGCCCACGGAUCAGGCUGCAGGUGCGCGCCAAAAUGGCAGUGCUGGCCAGGACAGCAACGCGAGACGCCAGAAGGAUAUUGUCUUGGCCCCGCAGCGGCCGUUGGACCCGUCGUAUCGCGGCCAGAACUCGACGCAGCGUGUUUUUGGCGUGCCUCGCAGCAGUGUCAGCAAUGGCAGUAUCGCCAGCAACGGCAAUAGCAACGGCAUGCCGCCCGAUGGCGGGCUAUCAGCUGAUGUCCGCGUUGGCAGCAGUUUGCGAAACUUGGCUCACUUCUGGCUCGCAGCCAGGCAAGGCACCCAGUCGCUCGGUAGGCGUGCAAGCAAUAACGACUCCAGCAGCAGGUCGGGUGCAGCGUCGUGGCGCUCGUCAGCCGGCGUUGGUGGGCCUGGCGGUGGACGCAGCAACUAUCACCAACACCAGAGCCACCAGCCCCAUGCUGGUGACUUCAGCUCGAUGGUGGAGACUGAGCGCGGCCAGCCAGAGUGGAUGGACGACGAUAUGGCGUAUGACGAAAACCAAAGUAUGACCAAGAUUAACGACAUCGAGGAGUGGAAGCAGCGUAUGAAGAGGCAGUCGUGCGAGCCCACGCAGGGUUCUGGAUACACCCAUGACCAGCCGCAUCUUGUGCCUACUGGGGCUGUUCAUUCGGACGGUGCUGCCCGUGGAUCACGGUUCCUGCGGCUCUUCCAGCACUCGCAAGAAGACGACGCAGUUGCUGGACAGGCCAUGCAGGCUGCUACUCAACCCACUGACAGCAACGCGGCCGAUGUGUCCAAGCUAUUCAAGGUGCUGGGGAGCAAGGUGAGCGUUGCCGGACACAGCCCCAGCAGCAGCCAGCCGCCUCCACCUAUUCCUGCUGAGGCUGGUCUCUUGGGUCGUCUGGGGCUGGCUGGCUAUGCCGCUAACCCUGCCGCUCUUGCUGCUGAAAAGCCCGCAAUCACCCUUGCCCAGCACGUGCAAGUCAAUGCUGCUGUGCACAAGUCGGCCAGCCCGGCGCCAAUCAACGAGGCACUGCGCGGAAUUGUCCCAACAUCGGUUUUCCGCAAGAGUAUCCAGUCCGGUGGCUCGCCUGCCGCGGCCAAGCGCCCCGAUAGCGCCAGCUCGUCGUCCAGAUCAGCCACCCCUGCCCGCAACCUGCCGUCGUGGCUGGUCGAGCUCUCACGUGGCCGCCCCGCCGCAGGGGCCACAGAUGGAAAUGGCGCGCCGCUGAUUACCAACGACACGCUUGGGACACACGACCUGAUCGAUGCGCUUGAGCGGGAAUUCCCGGCGCUUUCAGUCAAGCCGCGCCCCUUGGAUAAUCAGUCGAUAUCGUCACUAUCUGUGCAGGCCUCUGUUGGCGUCCCGGGCGACAUUGGGUCCAUCAGGCGUGGCAGUGUGGACACGGUAGCAACCGACCGUCAGACUGACGCUGUGCUUAUUGCCAAUGAUGCCAUUACCGCAGCUGUCUCUGGCACCUGCAGCAGCUGUUCCUCCCCCUCCUUCCCAGCAGCAGCAUCAUCAACAUCACCAUCAACAGCAGACACCAGUGUCGGCACCCGAGUCGUCGAGUGUCGCAGGCAGCCAGCCUACAAUGCAGCAGCCCCAGCAAAUGCAGUUCCUAGUGAACCAGGCUGCAGUGCACAUGUCGCCCAACAGUGCCAGCAGUGCGAAUGGCAAUAUGACGACACCCGAGCUGGCGCAAAGCCCCAAUGCACAAAUGCUGCCACAGAACAUUGUGGGCCAAAGGGCCAGAUGCCGCCCCCUCACAUGCCGAUGAUGCCGCCGCCGCCCCAUGGGUUCCCGGCUGGAAUGAUGUAUGGUAUGGCACCGCCCCCGCAUGGCAUGUUUGGCAACAUGCCACCCCCACCAAUGUCAUUCCCGAUGGGCCAAAUGAACGGAAUUCCUGCGCCGAUGAACGAGCACCAGCAGCUUAUGCUGAUGAAGAUGAUGGCAGAGGUGCCCCCGCAGAUGAUGUUUGGCCAGAUGCCACCGCUACCUCAGCAGCAUAUGUCGGCACAUGGACCGAGUCCUGCCCCAGGCAUGAUGCAGUCCAGUGGUGCUCCGUACCCAGGGAUUCUCGGUAUGGCUCAGGCCGCUGAUGGACAUAACUCGGCUGGUGCCCAGGAUCCCUUGCAUCCGUCCCAGCAGCACCAGCAGUAGGCACCUUGCCUUUAAAUUUUCCAUCCCUAUUUUUAACCCGUGUGUAGAGCCCACUCCCUCACAUGUGCUGGCGACUUUGCUUUCCAAUAAAACUAUUUAUAUGGCAGCAGGUUGCUGGCUUUG